UGUCAUCUAUCAGAUGUGGAUUUUUACGUUCAGGUCCAUGCGCUCGUUCGCAGCACAACGCGCAGAAUGAUGACAUUUGAAUUUACGCGCGCUAACAGGUGGUCGUGUGGACUGGCCUUAGGUUGUUUGUUAAAAUUCCGCUCCUUGCACGUGGACAACUAUCUUCAAACUGCGUGCUGCCGGGCGUGUUUUCAUGGUUUCUGGAGGUUCAUGGUGCAGGUUCUAGCCACUGUCAGCUGGAGUGGAAAUUUCCAUUAUGAAUAGCAUUCAGCCUGCUGCACAUUUUCUGAUUGCAUAUUGAAAGCAUUCACAUACUUUUCUACCAUCCCUCCAUGGCCAACAUGAUGGCAGCACAUCUACAUGGUACCAUGUUUCAGGUCCAUGUGAAAAAUGUGGUACGAUGUCUUUUCAGGUGCAAUUUUGUGUUGAAGGGUACUCAUGGCCCCUGCGGGAGACACAGAACUGUUUGCUGGCGCACAUCAAGUUCUGUCGCGAAGCCUCUGAGUUUGAGCCUGAACAGCUCUGGGGUGUUUAUAAGGCUGUUGUGUAGUGACACAGACCUGCCGGUGAAAGCCAAGAGGGGGAGGAAGGUAACAGUGCCGAAUGAAGAGACCAAGCGGUACUUGACUUUCUUAGGACUGGACUGUGAUCUCAUCCAGCAGAACCAACCCAUGGUGCUCGUGGAAGAUGUUUCCAAUGUCCAAAACCGUGUCAACUUCCUGCAGAAUCUGGAUUUGAGUGAGGCUGAAGUUGUCGCCAUUCUGAGGAAGUCACCAGAGCUUUUGAAAGUGGAUGCCACCAACAUCCAGGAGCACAUACAGUUCCUGCAAGAUUUGGGGCUGGAGGGUCUCCUCAUCUUGAACAUCUUCCAGCGAGUGCCGCGAUUUUUCGCCACUCCGCUGUCGCGGAUCAGGUCCAACAUGGAGUACAUCCAGAGCUUGAACCUAACCAACAAGAACUUGCGCAUCCUUCUGAAGUACUUCCCGAGCCUGUUCUACCGGCGAAAGAAUGGUGUGCGUUACAUCGGAGAGUGCCUGCGGCGCGUGGUGUUGGAGCAUGACCCUAGCUGCAACGCGGAGACGGCGCUAAGGUACAUGAUCCGGAGUGACCCCCUCCUGUUUGGCCGCACUGUUGGGGAGAUCGAGCACCACGUCCAGCACCUCAUCAGUCUCGGCUUCACUGGUGUCUCCUUGGCCAAGAUCAUCCGCUUCUGCCCAAGCGUCCUGAGAAUUGGCACAGGGUUCAUCACCGAGCGGCUCCUGCUGAUGCAGAGGUGUCUGUCGCUCAGCUCUGAAGAGUCACUAGACAUGGUGAUGCGCCUGCCUAAGAUCCUGAAUGCCUCAGACCACACCAUAGAGACCAAAUGUGACUACCUCUUCAAGAGAGGUUUCGUGGCCGCUGACAUUUAUCGCAAUCCGAGGGUUCUGAAUGCCAGUCUACAACGGAUUGAGAGUCGGCUUGAUAAGUUGGAAGAAUGCAACUUUCGUCCCAAAAGUCUGAGUUUCAUUCUGCAAACGGACGAUUGGUUUGAGAAUUUUCUUGAGGAGAUAAAGCAGAGAAAGAAAAUGGAUCAUAAAACAGAGCAGACCAGUGAGAAAUGAGAGAAAAACAAAUGUUGCCAGUACGGUGGAGUAUUUUCACUUGUCUAUAAACAUUGCUGGCUAAAAAUGCAAUUGUGCAUUGGACCAGUUUGAUACAUGUAUCUUGUAUGCAUGUCAAGUGUAAUCUGAAACUCAUACUACACUAUACUGCCCAGUGCUCACUAUUCACCGGGAUAAAAAUUCAUUUACACUCAAGUGUAUAAGUGCACUUGUGUAACUCCUGAUUAUUCACCCCGAGCAGAAGCGCACCCCCUCAUCAGUUGAAAAGAGCCAUAUUGGUCGGGAGGGCUCAUUUUAUUGGUAGUGAUGCGACUGCAUUGCUUGCAUUUUGUAGUCCUUCAUGAGUUCAGUGAUACGCAAUUACUUCCAAAGGAGCCUCCGCUGCUUGGUACAUCUGAUGAACAUUGUUUCAGUUUUGUUUGAAAUACAGUUUUGCACAUUUUUCUGAUAUUUUGGUUGCAGAAAUCAUGGGAGAAAUAGCUUAAAAUUAAAAAAUCACACAGCAAGCAUAUUGCAGGAACCCUUGCGUGGCCUGCCUAUGGGGAUUUCACAUGGGGCCAUCCUAUCAUGAUCAAAUGAUUCAAAAAUCACUCCAAGAAACAAUCAUGUCCUAAUUUUAUCUUUGUGUUCCUCGAGUAAUAUUUUGGAAAAGUUAGCUGGGUUCUUUCCUGCAGAGUCCCAAAUAUUUAUAAAGGCCAAAAAAAAAA